CACAGACGUCACUGACUGUAUAAAUACAGGGCGGUUCGUUUUGCGCGUGACGGACGUUCCUUGUUGUGGAUUUGACGGAUUAACCGAAACAAAAAAAUCGCCGCUUCUUUAGAGUGCCAUGGCACGUACUAAACAAACCGCCCGUAAGUCCACCGGUGGUAAAGCCCCCAGGAAGCAGCUGGCCACCAAGGCGGCCAGGAAGAGUGCGCCCUCCACCGGUGGAGUCAAGAAGCCCCACAGAUACCGCCCUGGAACUGUGGCUCUUCGUGAGAUCCGUCGGUACCAGAAGUCCACGGAGUUGCUGAUCCGCAAGCUUCCUUUCCAGCGUCUGGUUCGUGAGAUCGCUCAAGAUUUCAAGACUGACUUGCGUUUCCAGAGUGCUGCUAUCGGCGCCUUGCAGGUGUGUUUUCUAGUUCUGGGUUGUGUAUAG